CCACGCGCCACCCGGGCUACACGGAACUCUCGUCGCGGGGCGCCUUGAACAUCGCGAGUGAGUGUGAGUGUUGGGUCUGGGGAAAUUGUUUGUCUUGACUUUUUAAAGUUUGCGGAGCAAAGUGAACAAUAAGCAAGGUUUUGUCCCGGAUCCGGAAGGAGCAAGAAACCACAAUGACUUCAGGAGCAGCCAUCUUGCCUGUACUUCUCCACGUCUUGCUUCAACUCUCAGUAACUUCUGGAGUCAGUUGGGAGGAGUGGUGGACGUAUGAUGGGAUUUCAGGUCCAGCAUUCUGGGGACUGAUCAACCCAGAAUGGAGCUUGUGCAACAAAGGACGUCGACAAUCUCCUGUUAAUCUGGAACCCAACAAACUGUUAUUCGACCCCAACCUUCGUCUGCUGCACCUCGAUAAACACAGGGUAAACGGUGUGAUCACCAACACUGGACACAGCAUCGUUUUUACUGUAGAGAAUACUACAAGACAUCAUAUCAACGUGACUGGAGGUCCUCUCAGCUACAAAUACCAGUUCCAUCAGAUCCACAUACACUACGGGUUACAGGAUGAGACUGGGUCCGAGCAUUCAAUCAACGGAUACACCUUCCCAGCUGAGAUACAAAUAUUUGGAUUCAAUUCCCAACUAUACUCGAACUUCAGUGAGGCACUUCACAGAGCUCAAGGAAUUGUAGCGAUCUCACUUUUAAUGCAGCUCGGUGAUCUUUCUAAUCCUGAACUAAGGAUACUAACAGAUCAGCUAGACAAGAUCAGAUAUGGAGGUGAUGAAGUGGAAGUGAAGCGGUUGUCCAUCAUGGGUCUCCUCCCAGAUACGGAGUACUACAUGACCUAUGAUGGGUCCACUACAAUGCCUGCCUGUCAUGAGACUGUCACCUGGGUCAUACUGAACAAGCCCAUCUACAUCACCAAGCAGCAGCUCUUUGGGCUACGGAGACUCAUGCAGGGAGAUGGAAAGUAUCCAAAAGCGCCUCUGGGUAACAACUACCGACCCCCGCAGCCAUUACACCACCGCCCCCUGCGGACCAACAUCGACUUUAACGUGAAACAGACUGGAGCCAAAUACUGCCCAAGCAUGUACAAGGAGGUGUAUUACAAAGCAAACAGUUGGAAGCCCCACUGAGGUUUGCUGCAAGGUCUGGGUGACGAAGAGUUCAUGCGCUUCGAGAGAUGGGGCAAACCAGCAAACGUUACCUAAACCACCCUCAAUGUAUCACGAUAAUCCAAAACGCUUCUUAGCUAAGUAAAACGACGAUGUUAGAGUAUACGUGUUUAAAAAUAGAAUAAAUUCCCUGAAUAUCUUAAACUUUCCAGAAGCAUUAAAGCAGACUGAAUACACAGCGUAUUUAAAACUAUAAAUAAGAAUUCUGAAAAAAUAUGGUUUUACUGUUGGUUAAAAUAUUCUACAUUUUAACAUGGUUUGGUUCUAAAACGCAUACAUUUUCACUGUAAUGAAAGAAUGCUUAUGAAUUUUAAAGUAUUUCUAAAUCGUUAUAAAAUUAUGUUUAUUUUAAGUCUGAACUGCAUUAAGUUUUCGUAACAAGCUAAACUUCAAUUAGAUCAGAUUCUGAUAAUACUAUAUUGAAAAAUGCGAUAAGCAAAUUGGCCAAAGAAACGAAACAAAUGUUUUGUGUAAUCAUUUUUUAUCUGUUAGCUUGAACUUUAAACUCAAACGCUUCUAAAAACCUUGUAUAUUAAAGUGGUUUAAUAUUUGUGUAUCAUAAGAAGUGUAUUCUUUGUUAACAACACAAGUUUUACAUACAGUAUAUUAAGUAUGUUAUUUUGAUUUUUAUAGUUAAACUGCUACGUGUUGGUGUGACGCUUUUACCUAACUGUUGCUUAACUCUAACUCAAAACACACAUAUCAUAGCCCAUACCGAGCAACAUGACGCAGUCUAUAGCUUUAAUUACUACUUAAGAUUGACACUGUAAGGUAUGUUUUCUACCUUCAAGGUUAAAGUAACUAUUAGGUAUAUUGAUAGUACAAUAUAUAUUUUAUAGGUGUUGUUGAGCUGUUAACAAUUUAGGGUGUAUCUUUAAUUAUCUAUUAACAUAGGCUGGGUACUCAAACGUGUUAUUCAAAGUUGUACUUUAUACUUUACAAUUUAAAAAUAUCUAAAUUAAGUUUAUGAUAUUAGUUUAUUUCACUAAAGAAUUUGUUAUAUUCCACCUCCUAAUCUGUGAACAUUAUUCAUUUUAGACCAUAUUUUAAAAUCUUGUAUAUAGUUCUUUUCGGUUUGUAAGCAAUCCUAUACAAUUUUGUAGUCAAAUGAAAACAUGUUUAAAACUAUGGAUAAGUGAUGUACAUAUGUACAUAGUACUUUAGAUAUGAUGUAUAAAUACAACACAUAUCCCAAUGUACAUAUCCCGCCAUGUUAUCGCUUGGUGGUCAAACCAAAUAUUGUAAACAAAGUAGAGAGAAUAAACUUUGUGUUUGUUGUACGA